CUCGAUUCCGAUGUCAAAUGUCAAUGUGGCAAAAAUUAUGGAAAAAGGGGCAACAAAAGGAAGAAGACACAGAGCAUGUAGAAGAGUUGAAUGGCGAGCAGACAUGUAAUCCUUUCACUGAGAUAUACUUUCUUCAGCAUCAUACCGACAUAGUGCGGCACCUACUAAUUAUUGAUGAGAGAAGGUGUGUCACUGCAGGGGAUGAUGGCAUUGUUGUUGUAUGGGACAUACAGUUAUGUAUGAAGUUGAUAGUUUUGGAGGCUCACAUAAGACCUGUGACAUGCUUGCUGUCUUUUCGUCUAAAAAAUAAGGAUUCCCAUUUGCUCAUUACUGGAUCAUCUGACAAACACAUUAAAGUGUGGGAUAUUGAACAAGGCAAAUGUGUUCAGGACGUCACAGAACAUGAAGCUUCUGUUAAGUGCCUGCUUCCCAUUCUUGAUGAUUUGUUUUUGUCUGCGGGGGAGAAGCUUCACCUCUGGACAGGGAGUGGUAUACUACUAGAUACAUGUGUUCUCGAUAAAGAGAAACAAGAAGCUGACAUUUCUCUGUUGAUUUCUACAAACCAGAAGAAUGAAAAAUUUGUGACUGCAUGUGACAAAAAACUAACUGUUUAUUCCAUCAAGGAUUCCCUUAAUUUGGAUGAGGUAAACUACAGGAUAUGUAUGCUGAAGAUACUGCCACCACACCUAGAGGCCAUACGUGCUUUGAUUCCUGUGUCAGAUAAAUUAUUUGCCAGUGGCUCAUUAGAUGGCACAAUAUUACUGUGGUCAUCAGAAACAUUUGCACCUCUUAAGAAAUUGAACACCAUGUCAGAAUACAAGGGGAAGGCCAAUGUUUAUCCAUACAGUGUGCAGUAUAUUGCUUGUGAAAACCAGAGGUACUUAUUGGUAGCUAUUGGUUGUGGUUUUGCAAUAUUUGACACACUCUCUAACAAGCUCCUGUGUAAGAAACUAAAGGCCCAUUACUCUAAAGUCACUCAGCUGACACUUCUCUGUAAUGGGUUGUUGCUUGCUACAUGUUCUGAGGAUGGAAGUAUCCGUUUAUGGGGUCAAAGGUCACAAAGUAGCACUGGAGAAGAGUUAAUGUUGAAAUCAUCAAUGGGACUUAGUCCAAUAGAGAGGUUCUUACAUGUAGACAUCAAUUUUGGUCAGCUUCACCAGCACAGGGGAUCUGACCCAGUUCCUGAACCGGUCUUGCUUGGGGAGUGUCUGGGACACUGUGGGUCUGUGAUGAAAAUAGAGGACUGUGGAUUUGAUGGAAUGAUUUCCUGUGGGGCAGAUAAUCUAGUCAUUUCUUGGAAGAAUACUGAAUUGCAGAAAAUGAAGAGAAACCAAUUCAUUCAGGACCAAGUGUUGAAUGCUAGUGGCAUUGUUUAAUUUCAGACACUAUUUGGAGACACAUGAAGUCAAAGAAUGAUUGACAUGCAAUUAUCUGUGAUUUAAUUUUUAUCUUUAUUCAGGGCCUUUAUUUUCAAUACCUAUUGUUGUUAAGUUUGCAAUUUGCUACAAUCACAAGCAUCAUUAUUACUAUUUAAUUAAAAUCAAAAAUUAGCAUUUUAUUCAUAUCCAUGACAAACAAUGCAUAAUCUGAACAAAGCAAAAAAUUUGUUCAAUGGUAAAUACAUGUAGUUUUGAACGAUUUUGGUAUGUGGAACUUAAGGUCAAGAUCUAGUGAAUGAAAGGUGCCUACAGAUUUAUCCAACUUGAGAAAUAAAUUCCUUUAUUGAUGCUUUACAACUUUAGCUUGGUCAAAUAAGGUGUUUCGGGGCAUAAUUUGUAGGUAAACAAGAUGAAAAACUGUAUUUUAAACUGUCAUUUUCAAUGAAAAUUUAAGAAAACCAGUCAUGAAUAUGGGAGUUUUUUUCGUAUUCGGCAAAGGAAAUGUAUCCAGAUUGCCUACAGUCUCACAGAAAACGGUAAUUAGUAUGUUCAUGGCCUCUUCUUUAAAUCAAUAUCAAAUUUAAUAUAGGUAU